GCGUCAUCUCCCAGCGACAGCUCACAUGUUGACAGCAGCAGUAACAGAGAAGAGUUCCUAAUCAGGUUUCCAGUUCCUGCACAGAUUUCUCUUCCAAAGGUUUUCCCUCCACCUGACCUUCCUCUGCUCACUCAGCCAUGAGCGACAGUGACGACGACGUUCCCACCCUGUCCGCUCACACUCUGGCUGCCCUGCAGGAGUUCUACAACGAGACCAGAACCGGCCCUGAUCCGGACGGGACGCCGUCUGACCCGUUCGCCGUGGGAGCCGUGGAGGAGGACUGGCGGAUGAGUCAGUUCUGGUACAGUGACGAGACGGCAGCGGUGCUGGCGGAGGAAGCGGUACGGCAAGCCGGAGAGGGAGGCAGGAUAGCGUGUGUGAGCGCGCCCAGCGUCUACCAGAAGCUGAAGCAGGGCGUGGUGGACGGCUCCGGCAGGGUGUCGGCCGUCGUGCUGGAGUACGACCGCCGCUUCGCCGCCUACGCCGACGACUUCAUCUUCUACGACUACAACGAGCCGCUGUCCCUCCCCUCCGGCGUGGCGCCGCGGAGCUUCGACAUCGUCCUCGCCGACCCGCCUUACUUAUCCGAGGAGUGUCUGAGCAAAGUGGCCCAAACCGUCCAGUACCUGAGCAAAGGCAAAGUGCUGCUGUGCACAGGAGCCACCAUGGAGAAUGUUGCCAAAGAACUGCUGGGGGUAAAAAUGUGCAGCUUUUUGCCCAAACACAACAGGAACUUGUCCAACGAGUUCCGAUGUUUCGUCAACUAUCCUUCGGACCUGUUGUGCAGCUGAUUAAGCGGGAACCUUGGACACCCGCUGUUUCCAGGAGGAAGAGCUUAAAUACGGCAUUCAGGACAGCAGGGAGGAAGAAAAAGUGGACAAUUUAAUUUGCUGCAAAAUCAGUUAACAGAAUCAUAAUCUGCUACUGUCAUUAGACUAGACAUUACUGAGUUGGGUUUUUUUUAAAUAUUCGUAUUGUUUUAGCAAAACCCGUGAAGUGUUUUCAACUUUUAUUAUGCAUUUUUCAUUCAUUACAUCAGAGCGAGUGAGCCUUUUCCUGCUCUCGUGUCUCUGUGGAUCUACCUCAAAAAGGGAAAUCAGAAAUUUGCACAUUCAACACAUUUCUUUUCUCCAUUAAACUGAUUGCUGACAAAUUGCAACUCAUGCCUGAAUCACGUGACCGAGCCCGAGCUCUAGUAGCUUUUCAUUUGAGUUGUCUCACAAAUAUCAGAAACAAACAUUUCCAGUAGUCAACACUUUAUAUCUGAUAGUACAAAAACAAUAGUUCAGUUGAAAUAAUUUUUUUUUCCCCAUUAUGCACUAAUUCAGCAUUGAUACCAAUAAUUUUUGUGUGAGUAAAUACGAAUUUAAAACAUAACUGGAUGUUUCUGUGUGUUUUGAGUUGAGGAAUGAACUGCGCUAAACAAAUGUGGGGUGAAGGAAGAAAGUGAUUUUGUUCAAAAUGCUCACAAACGAUUUUAGUAUGAUUGUUUUUUGUAAAAUUAUAUUUUAAUAAUUCCUUUUUUUAUUAUUUAGGAAAAAGCAAGACAGCUAAGCUAAUUUAGUAAUAGUAAUUUAAGUUACACAAUGUUAUGCACAAGCCUAUUUUUAGCAUAUACAAUUGUUUUAAAGUUUAAAUUGUUUAAAAAAAUUUUUACCCUCUUGUCGGCCUCAUAAUUCAAACAGAAUCUCUAGACUGUAAAAUAGAAAUUGGUUUCUUAAUCGAAAAUUGUCUCUUAAUCAAACCGUGACCCUGAAAAUCGGAAUCAAAUCGAAUAAAAUGACGACUGAGCUUUAUAAAAACGUUGCCGCGAUAAAAAGUGGAAGACGGUUCACCAGGAUAAUGUUUCAAAAGCAGGGGCCCGGCGCGUCUUGGUCUCCAGAGGUUUUUAUAUUAGUAGUAUCAGAGUAGAGGAGGGAACAGUACAAAUGGGAGACACGGGAGAGAGAAAAAAAACCUGUGGUCACGACUUGUAAUUAAGUCGUGCCCACAAAUUGGAACAAGUCGUUCCCGCUAGUCAUCAAGUCGUGGACACGAGUUAUUAAAUUAAGCCUCUUAAAUUUUGGUUUAAGAGGCAGAAAGACAACAAACUGAAGGAGACAAUAUUCUCUGGUAAUGCUAGGACGUUUUAAUAAAACCUUGGUGUGUUUUUUCCGGUUAAAUAAAACUCGGCAGCUGAACUGUAGCUACUUUCCCGACCAGUAGAUGGCAGCAUCGGUCGCGGAAAAUCAUGUUAAAAAAACCUGGAGACCUGGAGACCCGGGUUAAGGAGAAGAUAAUUGAUAGAUUGGUGGAUUUUUGCGAAAUUGGGACAUGCAAAACAAAAUUCAGACAGAGCUCUAGCAAAAAGAAAAUGAUAAAUAUAUGUAUUUUUUAAAAUCUUUUUAAUGGGAUAUGUUUUCAGCCUCUACUCUUAUUACUCCAAAUUAAAAUCUGUUUCAACCACUUAUGUCCAGUUGUUUCUUGAAUUUAUAAAUAAAGUCUUCCUGGGUGCAUAA